CACCGCAUCGGUGUUGGCGGGUGGUUGGCUGCCCCGUGCCGGAGCCGGCCUCUGCGAGGCGCUGUCCGGGGCCCGUCCGCCAUGUGCUCGGUAGCGAUGCUGAGCGUCCUGCGCAGCGACUCCUAUGUGGAGCUGAGUCAGUACCGGGACCAGCACUUUCGGGGUAACAGAUAUGACCAGGAGCGACUGCUGAAAAAGAGCUGCACCCUGUAUGUGGGGAAUCUCUCCUUCUAUACAACAGAAGAGCAGAUCUAUGAACUGUUUGGUAAAAGUGGGGAUAUAAAGAAAAUCAUUAUGGGCCUGGACAAAGUGAAGAAAACUGCUUGUGGUUUCUGUUUUGUUGAAUACUACUCAAGAGGAGAUGCUGAAAAUGCAAUGAGAUACAUCAAUGGGACACGGCUUGAUGAUAGGAUCAUCAGGACAGAUUGGGAUGCAGGUUUUAAAGAGGGCAGACAGUAUGGUCGUGGAAGGUCAGGGGGUCAGGUCCGAGAUGAAUAUCGGCAGGACUAUGAUGCUGGGAGAGGAGGUUAUGGCAAAGUUGUUCAACCCCAGUGAAUAUUGAAUGACCCAUCAGCAUCACAGGAGAACUGUAGCUGCAUCGUGGUAGAUCUUAUGAUGAGCAGCGAAGGGCAUCUGUUGCACAUGAAUGUUGUUUAGGUAACUUUGAGACUUAGAAGAUUUUUUUUUCAGUGUUGCUGAGAUCUUUAAAUAUAUUCAAUGUCUCUUCCAUUUUUCAAGACCAGUUACAAAAUCAGGAUCAAAGCUAUACUUUAAGUGUUGUAGGGUAGAUAAUAGAAUAUAGUGAAGAUCUGGGAGUAAAACUUAUAGCACUGAUUCACAUGAGACAUGUGAUUGCUAACUGCUGCUUUUUUUAAUGUUUGAAGUGUUAUACUAGACUGAGCCAGAGUUCUUUAACAGUAUGUUGAUUUCUUCCAUUUGUCCAAAGCCUGAUGCACAGGCAUCAGGUUUUUUUGUUUACAUUAGUAGUGAAGGGGGUGGGUAAGAAUGGGUUGUGUACCAAACAUAAAAAGAGGAUAGAAAUAGUUAUUUUUUUGGUAAAAUACAGAGACGGUCCAGAUUUCUCUGACAUGUGUAUUUGACUAGCAGGAAAUAAGAUGUCUUUUUUUGGUAACAGCUAGCAAACAUAUGAAGGGCACACCUGAACAAACUUUAUCCUGGGGUUAUCUCUCUCUUCAUCAAAGUGAUAGGAGCAUAGCAGCUAACUGAAGACCUGGCCCAUACGUAUUUCCACUAAGAGUCCAGUAUGUAUGAGGUCUGAUACCCAGUAGUAUCUGUAGUGUGUGUAUAUUAGAGCCUGUCCCUUUGAUACUGUAAAACAGGUGGUGUGAAGUUUCUUUAUCCAGUGGGUGGGAAGGGGGACUGCCGU